UUGGUUAAUUUUACAAUUACAUGAUUCUAUCUGUCUCUUUUCUCUAAUUAGCAGCAUUAAAUAAACUAAAUAGUCAUUUAAAGUACAAAUUGUGAGUGUAUAUAUUGAUGUAAGAGUGCGGAAAAUAUUUAGUAAUCUAUUUAUUAUGAAAAUAACAAUAAUCAACUGCAACAUUGGUUUGUGAUUGACAAUAUCUGAUAGAGACGUCAAAGUUUACAAAACACAGAUAUUUGUGAUACAGAAAGAUAAUAUAUUAUUGAAUAAAUAAUUUAAAAAAUGUAUAGGAAAACGAUAAUUCAAUAUGUAGACAGUUAAAUUGAUUAAUGAAUUCAGUGUUUAACAUGUGAAAUAAUUCAAGAAUCAUUAACAAAAUAUUUUUUAAAAAUGAGUCCAGCAAUUUUGGAUCAAGAGGAGCGUUGUUUAGGUGGCAUGACUUUUUUUGCCCAAAGUCAUCCUUCAGAAUUAUGUGGAAGCAAUGGAUUACCACUUACACCCAAUUCAAUAACAAUUUUUGGUAAAUCUCAAUUUUUAAAAACUAUAGAACACAACAAUCUAUCUAAAUAUUUGGAUAUCAUUAGAAGCAAGCAUGAAAGGACAAUUGUUGUUGCUGAAUACACUGGAGAAACCCUUGCUAGUAAAGUCAGUGAUCAUAAUUUUUUACUGGAAGACAUUGUAAAAAUAUCUUAUCAGUGUUUACUAGGUUUAAACCAUAUCCAUCAGCUUGGCUUAGUUCAUCGACAUCUCAGCCCUGAAAAUAUAUUAAUAAAUAAAGAAAACAAUGUCAAAUUAUUCAACUAUGGUUUCUAUUACAUGACUGAUUGUGGUAAAAAUGUUUCUUUUCCAAUCGCCUGCCCAAAAUACACAGCUCCAGAAGUGUUUUUGAGCACAAAAGUAAGUAGUUGCAAAGUAGAUUCAUGGUCUCUAGGUAUAAUAAUAGCAGAAUUAUUACUUGGAAAACAAAUUUGGUCAAAUGUUAAGCUUGGUCAGUGUUUAUGGAAAGUUUUAAGUCUUCUUCAAACUCAAACAAGUAUUUUUGAACGUUUAGCACGUGAAUGUAAUCAAUAUCAAGUUUAUAAAAAUAUUCCUGAUGAAAUUAAAGAAUUUAUUGAUGCUUGUUUGAAGAUCAAACCUUCAGAAAGAUAUACUUCUGAUCAAUUAUUGAAUCUUCCACUCUUUCAAGAACAUUUGAAACAAGAUGAAAUAAAUAGAAAUGAAGAUAUGUAUAAAAAUAUAAUUGUACGAAAAAUGGAUGAAUACUAUUAUCUCUGGCAGCUGGCAGGCGGUGAUAUGACAAUUGAAUUAAAAAAACAAGGCUUGAUUAGAUCGCGCCCACCAAUUUUAUCAAUUCCAAAUUUAGUUAUUCUGCUGGGACAGAUGUUUGGACGUCGAGAUGCAGCUAGACUUUUGGAUUUAAGAGUCAUAAAAGUGCCUCUAGAUACUUUGAAACAACGACUAGCACAUAUUCCUUAUGUUGCUAAUUGUCCAAGGCUUACAAAUAAAAUGCAUGUAAAGGCUCAAGAUGAUUUGACUGAAAUGGCAGCACAAUUGCCAUUGAUCAUUCGUGAAAGAGAUACAGAGUAUCAGUUUUAUCGUGUUAUUUUAUUUGACAGACUUCUUCAAACAUAUCCUAUUACUAGAAAAGCUAUCAUUCGUGAAGCUCACAAAGAUAUUCCUCCUCCGGUUAGAGGAAGAGUCUGGACUGCAUUGCUUGGUGUUGUUGGAGAUAUUGAAAAACGAUAUGAAAUGAUUGAUAAAGAUACUCCAACUCAUACAGACCGACAAAUUGAGGUUGAUAUUCCUAGAUGUCAUCAAUACAGUGAGCUUUUGUCAUCUGGAGCUGGACACCAGAGACUCCAAAGGCUUUUAAAAGCUUGGGUUCGUGAUAAUCCACAUUAUGUCUACUGGCAAGGUCUUGAUUCACUCACAGCCCCGUUUCUUUAUCUUAAUUUCGAUAAUGAAGCUCGAGCUUUUGCUUGUUUGUCAGCUUUUAUACCUAAAUAUCUUCAUAAAUUUUUCUUGAAAGAUAAUAGUGCUGUGAUCCACGAGUAUUUGAGCAAAUUUUCUCAAGUCAUUGCUUUUCAUGAUCCUCAAUUGGCUAAUCAUCUCAAAUCAAUAAAUUUUGUACCAGAACUUUUUGCAAUCCCUUGGUUUUUGACCAUGUUUUCUCAUGUGUUUCCAUUACAUAAAAUCUUGCAUCUAUGGGACAAAUUAUUGCUUGGAGACUCUUCAUUUCCAUUUAUGGUGGGAUUAGCAAUUUUAAAGCAACUCAGAGAUUCAUUAUUAACUUCAGGAUUCAAUGAGUGCAUUUUAUUAUUUUCUGAUUUACCAGAAAUUGAUAUUGAGCUGUGUGUUAAAGAUUCGAUGACAAUGUAUCAAAAUACACCAUCAAGUAUAACAUAUAGAAAACACCAGCUAGAUCAGUCUAAAGCAAAUAAUUGGAAAGAACCAGAAGUAGGCACUGAAAGAAUGCCAAGAAUAAGCAUUGAAGAUUUUUUAAAUCUUUAUGAAAAUUUGCCUGAUAAGCUAAUUAUUGUCGAUAUUAGGAAUAAUAUUCAAUAUGAAAGAAGUGCUGUAAAAAACAGUAUUAACAUUCCAUUUACAAGUGUGCAAUUAUCUCAUACAAAUAUUGAUAAUUUAGGACCUCAAGCACGAAUUUUAGCCGCCCAAAAAAAACAAAUUGUUGUUAUUAUUGGACCUCAUGAUCAAAAUAAUUCUCUGUUUGCAGAUUUCUUAAUGAAAUGUGAAAUCCACGGUGUUUGCUCACUCCAGGAUGGAAUUUAUGGAUUACGAUCAAAGUGUCCUAAUAUACUUGUUCCUAUACGUGAUCAAGUGUUUUCUAAUACACUUUCAUAAUAUUUACCAAUUGAUAUAUAAGAUUGAAUGUCAUAUUAUAUUUGUAAAUAAAGGCUUUAAUAUUUUAUAACCAAAAACGAAAUAUUUUUAAGUAUAUUAUAAUUAAAUAAAAAUAAUUAAUAAAUAAUAAUUUUCUUAAAUAUUUGCAAUGUAAAAUAUUUCAAAUUUUGAGCCAUGUAAUUUUGUAUAAUUACUGACCUUCAUAGAAGUAGUUACCAAGGCAACCAACAACCACAACAAAUGUAUUCAACUUAUAGUAUACCAAAUUUAUAAUUAUUAAUUCAGAAAG